AUGAGUUCAAAAACAUUUGAAAUUCUCGAUACCUAUUCAAACAGUCUUGUGGUACCCAAAGAUCUUAUUGAAGACUUAAGACAGAAGAUUGUCGAAAGAUUUGCCGCAAAUCCUGAUCUAUACUAUACUAAAGAUAUUGAAAAACUUAAGACAAAUGACUGGUCGGUUAGACGUUUUCUUUACGAACAUAAGUCCAAACCGGAUGUCAGCAAAGCCCUGGAAUCGAUGGAUAAGGCAUUGAAAUGGCGAAAAUCUUUCGGUGUCCACGAAUUGAAAGAUAACGAGUUUACACGCGAAGGCUAUCUGAGUGCCGGUGCUUUCGUCUACGGAACCGAUCGUAACGGUUCGCCAAUACUUAUACUAAGAGGUAAAGUGUCCCGAAAAAUCAAGGUAUGGGUCAAAACGGCACAUCAAUUCUUAGUCUAUUUGUUUGAAUAUGUCGAUCAAAAUUUUGAAGGAAAAGGUCUAACACUGUUAAUAGACUGUAGAGAUAGUGGCAUCAAAAAUGCCGAUAUGGAUACAUUGAAAUUCAUACAUUCAGUACUAACCGACUACUAUCCGGGACUGGUAUCGUCAUCCAUGGUCUAUAAGAUGCCUAUUGUUUUGGAGGCCAUCUACAAGAUGUGCCGUUCGUGGCUUAGCGAUGAACAGACCAAAUAUAUCUAUAUUGUCGGCAAAAAGACUAUUCAACAGUACGUAGCGCCCGAACAACUGCCGGACAUACUAUUGGGUACUAAUGCUAAACCCUAUCGGGAUAUUCCCGAYGGAUCGCCAAGUGUUCAUGAAUUGGCCGAAAAAUUGGGUUUCAAAACAGAAAAAGCCGAUAAAUUGGUUAAACAUUUAGAAAAAUUUUAUGAUAAUUAAUGAUAUGUAGUAUUUA